AUGUUAUCAAGGGGUAUAAGCCACAGGUUCAUGCUUGUGUAUAUUACAAUUUUCGCUUUACUAGGCUUCGCUUCCGCGGUAAACGAUGUACCCGACUCCCCUUCAGACCUCAGGGUCGAGGCCGAAACAGGGCCUCCUUCACUGUUAAAACGGGCCCAGAUUCUAGACAGCUGCAAGCCGCGUGAGCGUGAGAUGUUGAUCAAGGCCAUGGAAAAGUAA